CCCAUUUUCUCGUCUCUACGUGAGUCAAUGUCGUCUUCUCCGAGGUUUCUUCGUUAUCCUUCGGAUGAAGCUAAUCCUUCCGAGCCUUCAUAUUGCUUCCCGCGGUGGCAGCCUCUCUCCCUCUUCUCUCACCUCUCAUUCUCGGCGACCUCUGUUUCAUCUGCAGCCGCAACUUCUCCCGCCUCUGCCGCCGCUCUUCUAUUGCCGACUGAAGUGAAAGAGGUGCUUCUUAGAACCUCUCUCUGUUAAGUUUCUGUUUGGUGUCAAGUUGUGCUACACAACUGCUCGUGGGUGAUAAUAUGGCAGCACCUGAUGGACGGGUUUCAUAUUCAUCGUUUUCAACCAUAAACAAGAAAGAGGGCAAGUUCUCCUAUGAUGAUGACUGUAGUGACAGUGGGUGGAUUGUCUCGGAUGCCCAAACUGAUGGUUCAUUAAGGUCAAAUAGUCCCAAAAGGGAUCAUCUCUAUAAUUUUCCAAUUGCAUCUGAAGAUUGCUAUGAUGAGGAUUAUGAAAGUGAUGGACAUAGUAACUCAAUGCCAACUAAGCCUCCGGAGGUGAACUUGAAAAAUGUGAUGAAUGGGAUAUUUGCAAUAUUGACUGGACGAAACAAACCUUCUUACGCCCCCACAGAUCAGCAGAUCUCGAGUUCAGAUGUUUCAUUCUUGGGGUCAGGUAAAAAUGGGGAUACUUAUUUGCAUUCUUCAGUUUACAUACCAAGUGCCCCGCCACUUCUGGAACCAAAUGUGAAGGAUUACAACACAUACAAAGAUAUGCUGGAUGCCGAACCCCCAGAAUGGCUUCCUGAUAGCGCCGCGGCAGUUUGCAUGCAGUGCACUGCCCCCUUCACUGCACUGACCAGAGGAAGGCACCACUGUCGGUUCUGUGGUGGUAUUUUCUGCAGAGCUUGUAGCAAGGGCAGGUGCCUGUUGCCCGUCAAGUUUAGGGAGAGGAAUCCGCAGAGAGUCUGUGAUACUUGUUAUGAUAGAUUAGACCCUUUGCAGGGGAUCCUUAUCAAUUCCAUUAGCAAUGCUGUUCAAGGGGCAAAGCAUGAUGUCGUGGACUGGACUUGUACAAGGGGGUGGUUGAAUCUGCCCGUCGGUCUGACCAUGGAGCACGAAAUAUACAAAGCAUCCAAUACUUUGAGAAGUUACUCCCAGGUUGCUAAGUUGAAUCCAGACAGGUCCAUACCAUUGGCUGUCUUAAAAGGAGCAAAAGGUCUUGCCAUUCUAACUGUUGCCAAGGCCGGUGUUUUGCUUUCAUAUAAGGUUGGUACUGGUUUGGUGAUCGCGAAAAGGCCAGAUGGAUCUUGGUCUGCCCCAUCAGCAAUACUAUCAGUUGGCCUGGGAUGGGGAGCUCAGAUUGGGGGUGAGCUGAUGGACUUCGUAAUUGUGCUUCAUGAUUACAAAGCUGUGAAGACAUUUUGCAGCCGCAUGCAUUUCUCUCUUGGUGCCGGUUGCAGUGCAGCAGCAGGGCCAAUCGGGAGAGUGGUCGAAGCAGAUGUUCGAGCUGGGGACAGAGGUUCUGGCAUGUGCUACACUUACAGCUGCAGCAAAGGUGCUUUUGUGGGAGUGUCGCUAGAGGGGAAUAUUGUUGCAACAAGGAUGGACACGAACCUCCGGUUUUAUGGGGAUCCUUAUCUCAGCACAUCAGACAUACUUCUGGGGACAGUGGACCGACCAAAGGCAGCAGAGCCUCUAUAUGCAGCUCUGGAAGAUCUCUUCUCCGCAAUGUAUGGAGCAACUCUCAGAUCGCCGCAAUACCAUCCUUACACAUGAUUAGUUUAUUGUGGAUAUGUGUUUCUCAUUGACAUGCACCGUGUCUGUGGUUUUCUUUAUUAGUCAAUUGUAUAGAUGACAGUUUAUGGACUGUGUAAAUAGCAUUUAUGACUUUAUAGGUCAUCGCAUAAAAUGCGAUCAAGUUCGAGUAUCUGUACAUAGAUCAUUUGGCACGCACAUGUUUGAUUUAGUGGAAUGUUUGGUUGAUUAACA